UUAAUUUAAUUUUAGACAUUUGAUUCCGAAGAGGAGACCUCCGUAGUGUUAAGUCGGAGGACAUUGUUAUUACUCUUCUUCUUUCCUUUUUAAUAAGAAAAAAAGAAGAGAAAAUAAGAGAAAAGGGUAACCACGCACGCUGCCCUCUCCAUUGGACUUUCGAAGUUUCUCUUCCGCUCACAAUCUCUCCUUCACGCCGACAACCCUCCUCCGACGCCGGACGACGACCAGCGCGCCACGCCAGCGACCCUCAACUUUUAAAUAUCCUUUGCCGUCAGUCUAGGUCGGGGCUGUCCUGUGUCAUUCCGUCCGUGGUCGUUGAGCCGGGCCAGCUUUGAGACGCGUCGUGUUGCUUUCUGCCUGUAGAUCGUCGUAAUUUGAGGUUCUUUCUUCAUCAUUGCUUGCCCUAACCACAUUAAUUGAUGCCAUAGUGAGGGUCGGUCUGAACGAUCAGGGACUGGAAAAAGCAGUGGUGAAACAAGGUGUGCUUCCAAUUCUAGGGAGACCGUUGAAGCCUAAAAGUAUUCAGUCUUAAGGGGUCUUGCCAAAAAUAUUCCUCAUGCUUUUAGAGAAUAGAACAUAAAACUAUUGCCCGUCGUAUGGCGCUCAUUGGUGAGAGCUCUUCUUCUGUUUCCAAACUCGUGGACGAAAAGCCAGUUUUAGUUAGGGUUAAGCGCAAAGCUUCCCAAUCUCGACUUGAUGCAUUAUGGCUGGAAAUCAAUGAGAGGCCAUUGAAGCGACCACUCUUGGAUUUUGAGAAUUUAUCAAUUUCAGAAACACUCCACAAAGAGGAAUUAAAGACCAAGAAGAUAUUUGUACAGCAUGUGGAGACAUUAAGAAGCUCUGAUGCCACUGUUGACAUUGUGCAGUCUUUUGUGGCACCUGAUGCUGCUUCCACCAUUGAAAAUAACCUAAAGAAUGAGGAGCGCAGAAGAAAUUUUAAGAGAGAGAUUUCGAGACAAGAUCAGUUGUUGGUUAAAGCUAGACAAGAACAGGAGCUUGCGGCAAAAAACGCUAGAUUUGAGCAGAUAUGGAGAAGUAGGAAAGGGGUUAAAGAUGAAAAAGAUGACCAGUUACGUGAUGUAUAUCAUAUCUAUGAUAUUGUUCGUCUUGAUACAAAUGAAAUAUCAAGUGAAUCCCCAAAGCAGGAACAAAUGUCUCUGGAGGAUCAGAGUAUGUUAUCAAGUUACUUGCCGUUACUAAGGGAGUUUAUUCCAAGUGCCGCUGCUGAAAUUGAAUCAGAUAUAGAUGCAAACAUGAUGAAACAAAAUUUGCCUGUAGAUGAUUAUGUGUAUGACUACUAUACUGUGAAGAAUGAUGUGGAGAUUGCUGAAGACGAUGCCUCCCAUCCAUUUCCUUUGAUACAAGUUGAUGACUUAGAUCAUGAUGGGCCUAGUGACUCAGAUUAUGAAACUGAUGAUUCAAAUGCUGAAAACAAUCCGUGCUUCGAUUACCCAGAUGAGGAAGAGUUGGAGAGUACAUCUUCAAAUGAUGAAUUGGAAGAUAGUGAUGAUGAGAAGCAGUCCUCAGAAAGUAAUGAUGUAGAAGAAGAUGAGUUAUCGGAGGAGGAGAAAGUUGAAUUAUAUGAGGAUGAAAUAUAUGAUGAUUGUGAUGAAGAGGAUGGUGCUGAUAGCUUUGAUUAUGAUAGUAAUGUUGGUCAUGAUGAAGGUGAAGAUUGGAGAUGGUCCUAUCGUUGAAUUUUUCACUAGAGAUAGAACAAGCUUUUCAUCCUUGUGAAUAUAUAUAUCUUUUCUUAAUUAGGAUUUAGGGGAGGAAUGCUUGCUAUGAUUAGGGAUGUAAUGUUGGAGAUUUAGAGUCUUUUUUACUUGAUUAGGGAAAAAUGUUUAGAUUUUUUAAAAAGCUGACUUUUAUUUUAUUUGGUUUUGAUUGAACUUGUAAAUUUUUAGUCUGUUUGGAUGUCAAAUAUUUCAAUUUCUUUUUUCUAAACGACUCAGUUUUACCAUUAAA